UCAGCGCGCUGAAGCUCGGCGGCUGCGAGGGACCGGCCCCGCUCCGGCAGCUGCGGAGGCUCUAACGCACAAAGACAGCGCUUCAAGGCUAGGGGAGAAUGGGAGCCUGCCUGCACGGCUUCCUCCACCGCUUCCACGGCGCACUGCGAGAGGCUGAGAGUUUUGGUGCCUGGACAACUGGAUUCUGAAUCGUGAGAGGCUUUGAAACCCCCCCCCCUCCCAAAUAAAACAAACCCCUUUGACUUCUUCUCUCAGCAGGAGGGGGAGGGAGGGCGGAUUUACCAUGAAGACAAAUCGAAGAUGCAGAGCCCUGCUAGCAGUGAGUCUGAAUCUGAUGGCUCUCCUCUUCUCUACAACAGCUUUUAUCACGACCCACUGGUGUGAGGGCACACAGAGGGUCCCCAAGCCGAGCUGUGGGAAAGAGAAGAAGACAAACUGCCUCAACUACGGCGGGAAUGAGACUGCAAAUGAGACGAACCAGAAUGUGGUUCAUUACAGCUGGGAGACGGGAGAUGACCGCUUCCUUUUCAGGUAUUUCCACACUGGGAUCUGGUACUCCUGUGAGGAAAAUAUCAAUGCUGCUGGUGAAAAAUGUCGAAGUUUUAUUGACCUUGCCCCGGCUUCUGAAAAAGGUGUGCUGUGGCUCUCAGUGGUGUCCGAGGUGUUGUACAUCAUGCUGUUGGUCGUCGGGUUCAGCCUCAUGUGCCUCGAGCUCUUUCAUUCAAGCAGUGUCAUAGAUGGGCUCAAGUUAAAUGCCUUUGCUGCUGUCUUCACUGUGCUUUCAGGUCUCUUGGGGAUGGUGGCACACAUGAUGUACACUCAAGUUUUCCAAGUGACAGUCAGCCUUGGGCCAGAGGACUGGCGACCACAUUCCUGGGACUAUGGAUGGUCCUUCUGUCUGGCGUGGGGCUCCUUCACCUGCUGCAUGGCGGCCUCCGUCACCACCCUCAACUCUUACACUAAGACUGUCAUUGAGUUCAGACACAAGCGCAAAAUCUUUGAGCAGGGCUUUCGAGAAGAGCAGAACUUCCUAGACCAGGAAGCCAUCAAGUACUUCAGAGAAAGGGCUUCACAACACCCAGCUCUAAGUGUCACUAGCCCGCAGAGGAACAGGAGUGACCAUAAUGCUCAGAAAAUACCCCCAUUCGCUACGUCAAGCUCUUCCAGCGACACAUCAAGCAGCUCUUCACUCUCAUCAGAACCAACCAGCCAGAUCUCCAUGGUUCAGGAUCAAACCCUGCUGGACAUCACCUCCAUCACUAGAUUGGCCCCAGGGGAAUCACCAAACCCUCAACCACUUGAGCAAAGAGAUACAAAUUUAGCAAUAUCGUGUUCCAGCCCACUCGGAGCAAGGACUAUUCCAGCAUCUUGCCCAGCCAGCCUCAGGCUCAAUCUAACACCCAGCUCAGCCAAGCCACAGCAAUACUCUGACUCCUCUCCUGUCAGCCCAGGGAUCAGUGCAGCUUCCUUCUCCACCUUCUGUCCUCACACAGCACAAAACGUACGAGCUUCAGCUUCAGAUCACACACUGACCCCAACCAGGACAAGCACAAGGCCUCCAGCAACAGCGACUCCUGAAGAGAGUUCCCAGGCUCCUGGCUAUUCUAAAACUGAAUUAAAGAAUACAGGAAAGGGGUUUGAAUCAGAUCUGGAAGAUCCUGAUCAUGAGAGGAGAUUUGUAACCACACAGGAAUUCCAAGCCAUGGAGAAAGAGCUAGAGGAUGUAAAGGAAGACCUGAAAUGCCUGAAGUGGAAGGUGAGACACAUCGGGGAGACGGUGCAGCCCCUGGCUGAGGACAGCAAGAGGUACAACGGCUACACCCUGACGGAGCUCAAGGCCAUGGUGCAGUUUGAGGAUGACCCUUACAAGGCUGCCCACAAGAUCCUCACCGUCCUCUUCAGCGAUGUCUACUGGCCACAGCGCCCAGCCGCCGAGCAGGCCUGCAACUCCCGCUCCCUGCCCAAGCCCAAAAUAGACCCAGAGCUGUACAUGGUCUACUGUGACAUUCUGAAAAGCAUAUUCCCUGGAAUUAGCAGCCAGACCUUGAGGGAAGAGACACAACACAUGCAGAAAGGCACCCAGAGAGCAGUGCAGUAGCACCAGAGCCCAGGGGUGUUGAGCAAGGCGCCAGGUCUGCGGUGAUUUCAGAGACUGGACUGUGGUAGCUCCCGUCGGUUGAGUCUGUCCCUUUUAGGUAUGGAUUGUCUGGGAAGGUGUUGCUGAGCUCUGAGCCCUCAUGCCACUUGCCCAGUGACACAGACUGGGAGGGCAUCCUGCACUCUUCCCAUAUUUUAGAAAACAAUUGCUCCUUUGGUGUCUCUUUCAAUCUAUGGACGUUUCCUUGUUUCCAGCAACUACAAAUGCUGACAAAAGAAUCCCACGAAGGCGU